GUUGGAAAUAAAAAGUUCUAAAUGUCCAGGCAGCAUUAACAUAGGAGGAGAGAAGAAUGAAUGAAGCAGGAAUACAAGAAAUUCAGAAAAAAAUUAAAGAUGCUUUUGAGGUGUUUGACCAUGAAUCCAAUUACACCGUGGAUGUUAGAGAAAUCGGUACAAUUAUCAGAUCAUUAGGCUGCUGCCCGAGUGAAGGAGAACUGCACGAUUUGAUUGCAGAGGUGGAAGAAGAAGAACCCACUGGAUACAUUCGCUUAGAAAAAUUUCUUCCAAUGAUGGUUAAAGUGCUCUUGGAAAGAAGAUACAGACCAAUUCCAGAAGAUCUUCUUCUUCAAGCAUUUGAGGUGUUAGAUUCAGCUAAAGAAGGAUUUCUUACUAAAGAUGAGCUGGUCAAGUAUAUGACUGAAGAAGGCGAGCCUUUUACACAGGAGGAAAUGGAAGAAAUGUUGUCUGCUGCACUUGAUCCAGAAACAAACACAAUUCAGUACAGAGACUAUUUAGCAAUGAUGGUGAUAGAUGAAAAUUAAAAGGUUUCAUAUAUUUAAUUAUUUUCACAUUUUUAGCUUCUAUUUCCUACUUCUGAUUAAUGGAUGUUAGUUUAGGAAAAAAGCUGGAAAAGUAUUAUAUUUAGAACUUAAAGCAUUGAUAGAUAUAUAGAGGUCUAAGAAAUUUUUAAAGAAACAGUAAUGUUCUGUGGACUUUUGCUAUAAAAUUUUAGUAUGUUACCUAAGAAGGAUUUGUUUCUUCUUUAUGAGAGUAUUAAAAUAUCAUUGAAUUAAUUAUUCAAAGACAGUGGGGAAUAACUGACUUGGCACAAGCCGAGCUAUUCUACCAGCUCCAUGAGUGGCAGAGAAGCCUAUGAUCUCAGAUCAGUUAGUAUAGGAUGACAAUUCCGAAAGAGAUCAUGGUGGGUGGGGGAAGUUGCAGCACUCCCAAUGAGGUGCAAACCCCAAAGAGGGCUUACUUACCAUAAGGAGAAAUGUCCAUCUCUGACACACAUCAGUAAUGUUUCAAUGUUUUCUUGUUUCCAGGUCAUUUUAGGGCCAUGAUUGGCUAGAUGAGAUGGUAGACGUAAGAUCAGAAUGGUCAUCUUUCUUAUUUCCUCUUAAGAUUUGGAAUAUUAUCUGUAACAUCUAGUGUGCUACCAUUAAAAAGCAAAACUAAACCAAAA